AUGGAUUUCAUCAAAACCACUUCGCCGCGUGCCUUGAGUGAGUUAACUCUCCAACACAAGUGGAUUCGUAUCAUUUGGAUGAGUAGAAAUGGAGUUAUGAUCGCAUUAGUGAAGUCUGGUCCAGACAGCCGGAACCGCGCUAGUAGUCACUCGGCGCCCAAGACCGCGCGCAUCGACUGCCCGAGGAACCAUCGUCCCGAGGUUGACCCGCACAGCACACCACUACUUAUCCAGUAUUCUCCGCGGCCGAGCGCACAAACCGAACCGGGAAGCAAAGCCUCGCGGUCGACCCAUUCCAAUCCAGCGCCCAGCAAUGUGCACGACCGUAUUGUCCGAACCGGGAAGCAUCGUCCCGCUCUCGACCCGCUCACUUCCCACAAUCCGCACACCGCGCAUGAGUGCAAUGUCCGACCAGAAGACCAACGUCUCGCGUCCGGCCCGAACAUACCACUUAAUCAUCCCUGA